UCCGGCAGGGGCGGGGCCGGGCGGGGGCGGCCAUGCGGGUGCGCGUCCGGAGCUGGCACGGGGUCGCGUCCUGGCUCUGGGUGGCGAACGACGAGAACUGCGGCAUCUGCCGGAUGGCGUUCAACGGCUGCUGCCCCGACUGUAAAGUGCCCGGAGACGACUGCCCGCUGGUGUGGGGGCAGUGCUCGCACUGCUUCCACAUGCACUGCAUCCUCAAGUGGCUGAACUCGCAGCAGGUGCAGCAGCACUGCCCCAUGUGCCGCCAGGAGUGGAAGUUCCGCGAGUGACGGCGGCACCGGGUACGAGGGGAACGGGGGGGCCCCGGCCCCGGCCCCUCCCCACAGCCGCGCUGUGUCCGUG